AGUAGCAGAAAUGGUCUCAUAUCGUAAAAAAGCAAAACAAAAAAUAAAAAUGAAGAGCAUACACCUACUACGAGUGUCGUCAGCAUCACCGCUCCUCUCAAAAUCAAAACCACCACGUAUCCUUUAUCAUCAUCACUCUCCCACUCCAAAUUCCAUUUCCCUCGAUUUCUGUUUCUCUCCUCCUCCUCGAAGCUUCUCGAUCAUGGCUGCCGCUGCCGCUGCCGUCGAUGAAUUCGUUAAGGGUAAUAUUCAUCCAAACGGGGUCGCUGUUCUCACUCUCGAUCGCCCCAAGGCCCUCAACGCCAUGAACUUAGAUAUGGAUAUAAAGUACAAAACAUUUAUGGAUGAAUGGGAAUCGGAUCCAAGGGUCAAAUGCGUUCUGGUUGAGGGAAGCUCGCCUCGUGCAUUUUGUGCAGGAAUGGAUAUUAAAGGGGUUGUUGCCGAGAUUCAAAAGGACAAAAACACUCCUGUUGUGCAGAAGGUAUUCACUGCAGAAUAUUCUUUAAUAUGCAAAAUUUCUGAGUACAAAAAACCAUAUGUGUCCUUGAUGGAUGGCGUAACAAUGGGCUUUGGAAUUGGGCUAUCUGGUCAUGGUCGGUACCGGAUUGUAACAGAGAGGACAGUUCUUGCUAUGCCAGAAAAUGGUAUUGGCUUGUUCCCAGAUGUUGGCUUUUCCUAUAUAGCAGCAAAAAGUCCAGGAGAAGGAUCAGUUGGCAAUUAUCUUGCAUUGACUGGAAAGAGGAUUUCUACACCCUCUGAUGCACUAUUUGUAGGUCUUGGAUCACACUAUGUUCCAUCUGGGAAUUUAGUCCAGCUGAAGGAGGCCCUUUUGCAAAUUACCUUUUCUAAUGACCCACAUCAGGACAUCAACGCACUUUUAGCAGAGUAUGGUCAUGACCCUGAGUCUGAGUCCCAGUUGAAGUCACUUUUACCUCGAAUAAUCUCAACCUUUGGUCCAAAUAAGUCAGUGGAGGAGAUAAUUGAAAACUUGAAAAGUCAUCAGCUGAGUGCUGAUCCUAAAGUGGUGGAGUGGGCAAAUGAUGCUCUUCAAGGUAUUGGAAAAGGUGCUCCCUUUUCUCUAUGCUUGACACAGAAAUACUUCUCUAGAGUUGCAUUUGCCUUUGGUAAAAUCAGCAAUGAAUUAUCUACGCUAAGUGGUGUGAUGAAAACAGAAUAUCGCAUUGCCCUUAGGUCUUCUCUGCGCAAUGAUUUUGCUGAAGGUGUCAGGGCAGUCUUGGUUGACAAGGAUCAGAAACCAAAGUGGAAUCCGUCAAGCUUGGAAGAAGUAGAUCAAAGUGAAAUAGAAUCUCUCUUCAAACCAUUAAGCCCAGAAGCUGAGCUGACAGCAUGAAUAUUGCAUAUGAAAUUAUCCCCUGAGACCUUGUUAUUAUAGGAAUAAAACCGAAGCAGUGAAGAUAAACAGUUGUAAUUUGCAGAACAGAAAAACCAUUCUGGAAUGAUGGUCCCAGUUUGGUGCCAUAAUGUUUCUUGUUUUGUGCUUGCCGUAGACGGUUGAUUCUGAAUCUUGUGGUCCUAAUAAAUAACAUCAGGAUCUGAGAGUUCCAAAA